GCGGGUCCCGCGGAGGGCGGGCAGGAGCUGCCCGAGCGGCUCCCCCUCACGGCAUCGCCCGGCCCCGGGGGGAACUGAGGCGGGCGGGCGGGCGGGCGGAGGGGUCGCGGUGGCCGUGUCCUGCCUCCCGCCGCCCCUUCCCGCGGGGCAGCGCCGGGUCCCGCCCGGGCGGGCUUGGAGCGGGGGAUGGCAAAGGUUUGGGAUCGGGGUGGCACCUGUCCCCGUGGAGUGCUCGGGUCAGGCUGGCAGGGAGCUGCUCGCAAGGCUGCUUUAGGCCCCGUUGUUUAUCCUCCGGCUCCUGUGUGCCCGAGCCGUGUUGUGGAGUUGUUGUGUCUGCUUUGGCGUGAUUUCCGUGUGAUUUCUUUCAUUCCUAAGCAGUCGUUUCUUCUAUCAGAAAAGGACCUGGCGUUAAUUGUUGGCUGCUGGGUGGGAGCUUUUGCACAUCCAUGUAUAGAAUAGAAACUACACCGUGGCCUUGAGUCAAGUCCUCGUGUACUUUCCAGAGGUGUUUUUCUUUUAACUGAAGCUGUUUGCGCGGAUAAAAAGCCAAGAGCUGACCUCUUACGUGUUGGAUUUUGGAUGAGUUUAUGCGUCUGUUUCGAUGUUUCUUCUUGGCAUGCUUUUGUACCUGCUGCAGUUUCCAUUUGCAGAACACCUCAUGUGAAGCUGUCUGUGUCAACAAUAUAUUCAUUCAAGAUUCAUAACACAGAUCCUGUCUCUUGGGCCACACAGCUCCGCAGCAUCGUUAUCAGGUGUACACAGAUCCUGGACUUUAAUUGAGUAACCUGUAUCCUGCUGACCAAGAAACCAGAUUUGAAUUCUUCUUUUUAGUAGUGUUUGGGUUGUUUUUUUUUUCCCUUCCUCCUUGGAAGAGCUCAGCAGUGGCUGCCUGUUCAUUUCAAUGACAGUGUGCUGCUAAUGGGUGUAAGUAAACUAGAUGUCUUGUACCGAAAGCUUCUCCUUACUAAACUUUUCAUCAGAGGAUGGGGAAAGCCAGAGGAUCUGAAAAGAAUAUUUGAAUUCAGAAAGAUUAUUGGAAACAGGGAAAAAUGCCAGAAGCUGGUUUCGAAAGAUUACCCAGUGUUCAUUGACAAGGUUGAGGGGCAAUCAGACUGUAAAAUCCUUGAGGGGCACUUCAUUUCCCCCUUGGCUCAUUGUGUCCCUGGUAUCCUGCCAGUCGAAUCUCUUGUAGCAAGAUUUCAGUUCAUCAUACCCAGAAGAUGGAAUGGCAAGCACAGACCUGUGUGCAUUCAUUUAGCAGGCACAGGAGACCAUCACUUCUGGAGGAGACGCACAUUAAUGGCACGGCCAAUGAUUAAAGAAGCCUCUAUGGCUUCCCUGCUGCUAGAAAAUCCUUACUAUGGCUGUAGAAAACCUAAGGAUCAAUUACGGUCAUGUUUAAAAAAUGUCUCGGACCUGUUUGUCAUGGGAGGAGCUCUAAUUCUAGAAUCGGCAGCUCUUUUGCACUGGCUAGAGAGAGAAGGCUAUGGACCACUAGGGAUGACUGGAAUAUCCAUGGGAGGACAUAUGGCUUCACUGGCAGUAACAAACUGGCCUAAACCAUUGCCAUUGAUUCCAUGUCUUUCCUGGUCAACAGCCUCUGCAGUCUUCACUACGGGUGUGCUGAGUAAGGCAGUGAACUGGAGAGAGCUGGAGAAACAGUAUUUCACACAAACGGUGUAUGAAGAAGAAAUCAUUCAAAUGCUUGAAUAUUGUGGAACGGAUUCUUUCAAGAUGGGACAAGACUUUGUGAAGAACUUCCCUGACAGUGUGGACAGUCUGGCAGACAUGGACAUGACUUCUAGAAUAUUCAGCUUUGAGUCCUUGAAUGACUCUGUAUCUAAGGAAUCUGUUCACAGCUUUGCCACAAAUAGAAGUGCUCUAAGUGCCUCUUCAGAAGGACUCUUAAUGCAAGAUGCUCCUAAAAUGCAGUGCAUAAAUCAAACCUUUUCCACCAGUAGCAGUAGCAAUAAAAACUUAACCAGCCCACAAGGACACAGGAUAAAUACAAGGAGAAGGAGUGACACUUUGCAGAGAGAAUCCUUAAUGUUCAUGAAGGGAGUAAUGGAUGAAUGUACCCACGUAGCUAACUUCCCAGUUCCAGUUGACCCAAGCUUAAUCAUAGUAGUACAAGCCAAGGAGGAUGCGUACAUUCCUCGCACUGGCGUGCGCAGCCUCCAGGAGAUCUGGCCGGGCUGUGAAAUCAGGUAUCUGGAUGGAGGUCAUGUCAGUGCCUACCUCUUUAAACAAGGACUCUUCAGACAAGCGAUUUACGACGCGUUUGACCGCUUCCUCCAGAAAUACACCAUGUGAUCUUUCUAAUGCAUUCAAACUGAUCUCAUUUGUAAUUCAGCUUACGGGAACUCAUGUUUGGAAAACAAGCCUCUUGUAGUGUUGAGCAGAUGGUCACUGACUGUUGUAGGUAACAAUUACCAGAAGUGGUAAAGUACCAGCAUUGCUUUCAUUUCAACCCAGUGCCAUUCUGACACAGCUGCUUCAGCAUUACCUGUGAAAAACAACAGCAGCUUUUGUCAGUGCAUGAAUGGUUCAUGUACUUCAUGUCUAAUCAGAUGGUGUGUUCCUUCAAUUCUGAAUAAAUUCUGAAUCGUGUGUCAGUAGAAAACAGACCAAUCAAGUGUUGGAAGAAUGUAAAAUGUGCUGUGGGGCUAAGCUGCUCUCUUGUGUUUGGUGUAGUUUUGGUUUGUUCCAGAUACCUCAGUUACCUCUCGCUUCCUCAUGGCCUUGCUGUUCCUAUUGUGUUGUACCGUGGCUUUGCCAGCACUCAGCCUCUUGUGUUUGUCACUGCUUUUCUCUUCAAUUAUGAAUUGAAAAUGAGCCUCAGCAGAAGGCUCAGCACCACAUCUUGCAAAGAGAGACUUUGACAAUCCAAGGAAAAGUGAGAGAGAGAUGUUUUCAUUCAAUACGUCCGUGACGUUUUCCUGCCACUGAAUUAAACCGUGCCAUUACAGAAGGAUCAUGUAGCAAUUCAUCAACCAGCUUCACAAAACUGGAAUAAGUGAAAAUCAAGUGUCUGGUAAUUAAUUGUUUACAUUAAUUCAGUUGGAUAACAUAAGCUUCCAGGUUUAUUUUCUUUUUUUGGAUUGAUAGAUGAAAUAGAAAUAUCAUUUUACUUUCUAAGCACUGGCUGAUUCUAAGCAGUUUAAUUGAUGGCAGAUUAUAUGGUGCUAUAAAGACCUGUUGGAAAUACUUCAACAGAUGUCCUUUCCAAACUGCACUCAGCGCUGAUAUGCAAAAUACACUUGCACUGUAUAAUUUAAAAGAUAUGUGAGACUAAAGGUUAUUGAAACAGUUAGGUUUGCUCCUUAUUUUUCAACACUUGUCUUUUUUAAUUGGAUGGAAAAUAAAGAAAUUUGGAUUUUGAACACAUUUAAGAAAAUCCAAAGUCUGUUGUUUCCUGUUUUGGGAUCAAAAAUGCCAACAAAUUACAGCAGAAUAAAAGGUUGUCGUGUACCAACUGUGUGGGUAUCUCUCCACAUCUUUUAUGUUUGUGGAAAUCUCCUAUAACAAUCUUUUAAAACCAAUCUGCAGAGAAGUUGAAAACUGAAACACUUCAGUAUUUAGUACAGUCACAACCAGGAUUAUUCUGAAACAAACAGAAAAAUCCAGCGAUUUCUCAGGAUGUGUGUGACUUCUGCACCUUUCCAAUCAAGCACUUUUCAUCUCCGUGGUAACUGUAAAGGUUUUUAGGAGGCAGAGUAUGGAGCAAACAAAGCUCAGUUUAUACAUUCUCUUGGAUUUUAGUCAGGUACACAGGACUAGUGACUGUGAAGAAAUCAUUGUUCAUUUGAAAAUCAGGUGUGUUCACAUCGAACUGAAGAGAAACAAUUUUGAAUAACCCAAAUGAUGUAACAUACAAAUUUUCUGAAAAUGUAGAAGAGGUUCUAGUCUGUUGGAAGUUAAAUUGCUUCUUUCAAAUGGUUUUUCAUCAUUUCUUUGGAGAGUGUUGGUUUUAUAUGUGGGAAGCAAGUGUGAAGUGACUAGCGCAUUGAAACACCAAAUAUUUGCAGGGUUUGAAAUUAAAUAUUAGUAAGCUUACAAAUUUAAAAUUGAGGUCUUGACUAGUGUACUAAAAGAUUCACAGGGUUUACAAGCAUUUUCAUCAACUAAGAGUGCUUUACCAGAGCACUGCUCAGCAGCUUUUGUAGCUCUCACAUAUUAAAUGUAAUUGUGUGCUUUGUGUCCUGCUUCUGUUGCAGCUGUGAGAAAGGGAGAUAACUGGUGGCAAGGGAAAGGGCUUGAAUAAAUGCAAGAGAGAAAAGACAGAUUUUGCAAAGGCCAGGAGUAAGCACAAAAAAAAUCAACUCUGCUACAAAGUAUAACAUGCCAAAGUAAAUAUUUUCAAAGCGCACAAUACUGGGAAUUACACAACUGAUGGGAACUCUGCAUCCUGAGGUUAGUGUCCCAAUGGUAUUACUAACAAGGUUUAACUUACCAAAAGGGCACAGAAGGAGGUUUAGGCUAAUACCACUCCUGCUGUGAGAGUGUCUUUUGGGACAAAUGCUACUCCUGGUUUGGAGAGUGUCUUUUGGGACAAGCAGUGAAACACUGGUUUCUGACAAGAAUAAGGAAUUGCACUUUGUUCUGUAACUGAAGUCGUGUUGCCAAAUAUGAAAGCCCAGUAAGCAUUAUUUAAGAAAUUUCUCAGGUUAGAAUAACAAAAAAAGGAAAAAUGAGCUCAGUGGUCUAUUUCUGCCAGUUAUCAGACACCUGGAGAUGGUCUGGGAAUCUUGCUGUGUACAUGUUUUUAACCCUUGGAAAAUCGACUUUUUAAAUCAUAUUUUAAGGUUAAAUCCUAAGAAAGUAUAAAUAAUCCAUUUUGAUGUUAAAUGAGAAUGUGGUUUUAAUCCAGGAGUUGCAUGAGAGAAAUAUUGUAAUAAGGUUUCUUCUGUGUAUGUCUUAAAUUUAUUGUAAAACUGGCCUUGGUAAUUUUUUGGUUUUAAAUUUUUUCAAUAAAAGUCCUAAAAACA